AUGGAGGCCCCGUCAUUGGAUGCAGUUUACCAAGCCAUCAGCGCGUUGUACGAUAGCCCUAAUGCUUCUGAAAAAGAAAAGGCUUCGAAAUGGCUAGGGGAUAUUCAAAAAUCAAUUCAUUCAUGGAAAAUUGCAGAUGAACUUUUACAACAGAAGAAGAGUUUUUCAUCAUGUUACUUUGCUGCACAAACUAUGAGAUCAAAAGUGCAGCACAAUUUGUCAGAACUCCCAGAUGAUGCUGUCAUGUCUUUGCGUGACUCUCUCAUAUCUCAUUUGGAAUCUGUUGUGCCUGAUGUCAAUACAGCAAUACUGACUCAACUCUCUUUGGCUCUGGCAGAUCUGGCUUUACAAUUGCCCUCUUGGAAAAACUGUGUUAGUGACCUCAUUAAAUUAUUCUCAAAUAAAAAUAACUUUGCUCUACUAGAAAUAUUGACUGUGCUACCUCAAGAAAUAGACUCAUCUAGUUUAAAACUAGGUGACAACAGGCGAGAAGAAAUCAAAACCGAUUUACGGAGUAAUUCCCAUAUAGUUGUAACAUUUCUUAAAGACUGUGUAAAUACUCCUCAAAAUUGGUCUACAGUUUUGAAGGUUAUUAGAUGUAUGACAUCUUGGUUGCAAGUGAAGGCCAUAAAUCUGCAAGAACUAUCACAGAAUCUAGUCAUAGGGAUGUGUUUGCAAGUAUUGAAGGAUGGAAAUCACACGCUGCAUGAUGAGGCUACAGACUGCAUUUGUGCUGUAUUAGGUUGUUUGGAACAGAACAACAAUAAUGAGGAUUUGGAACGAAUGUUAUUUGAUAGUGUUUUGGCUUUAGAAGAAAGCUAUCAUCUGUCGGUGGCACAUGAAGAGGAGGAACAUGCUGCUAACUUUGCUAGACUUUUCACUGAAUUGGGCGAGACAUUUUUAGAAAAAAUUAUGAUUAGUACAGCAAAUGGACAGAACCAUUUUGCGUUGAGAUCAUUGGAACUUGCAUUAGUUUGUGUUGGACAUCAUGAUUAUGAGAUAGCAGAAAUAACAUUCAACUUGUGGUACAGACUGUCAGAAGAAGUAUAUCAGAGAGACUACCAGCCAUUGACAGAUGCGUUUAAACCCCACAUUGAACGGCUCAUACAAGCACUAGCACGACAUUGUCAGUGUGAACCAGAUGAGAAAAACUUGCCUGAGGAGGGUGAUGAUUUCUAUAAUUUCCGGUUGAAGGUAAUGGAGCUGAUUAAGGAUGUGGUAUUCAUAGUAGGUUCUGGGUCUGUGUUCCGGCAAAUGUUUUCUGCUCUGCAGGCAGACUUGCCCUGGGAGCAAACUGAAGCGGCACUGUUUAUUAUGCAGGCCGUUGCAAAGAAUAUUUUACCGGAGGAAUAUGACUAUGUACCGCAAGUAGUUGAAGCAAUCUUGUCUAUACCCGAAGACAGCCAUUUAGCUGUGACCAGCACCUGCAUACAAUUGCUUGGAGAGUUGUGUGAAUGGAUAGAGAAGCAUCCUCAAUGCUUGGAACCCUGUCUACGUUUUCUCGUUAGAUCAUUGGUUCAUCCGAAGCUGGCAAAUGCUGCUGCUACAGCCCUGCAGAAUAUUUGUAAGGCGUGCCGCGACCAAGCUUCGUGUCACGCCUCCUUAAUAGUGGAAGCUGCGCGCGCGGCGGACCCGCUGGCCUUGCCCAUCCACACCGCAGCCACCCUUAUGCGGGCAUUAGCCGCGGCCAUUUCACGUCUGCCCCACGAUCAGUUAUGUUCCACGAUGCGCGAAUCCGUGGGCGUCCAACUCUCGGGGCUGUCGGCCCUCGUGGACAGCAACGUCGAGCUCCGCAAGGGCUCCCAGAGUGACCCGGUGCUGUGGCUGGACAGAGUGGCGGCGCUGUUCCGCGACGUUGACGUGCAACGAGCGACUUCACCGCACCCCUGCAUGCCGGCCUUUCGGGACGCGUGGCCCGUGGUGCACAGAGUUAUGGCUAAAUACGUUCGCGAAGGUCGGGUAAUGGAGCGAGCGUGCAGAUGCAUACGAUUCUGCGUCCGCGGCACUGGGACGGACGGCGCAGAGUUGCUGCCAGAUCUGGCCUCGGCAUUGCCCGCGCUGUACUCGCAGCAGCAGCACUCGUGCCUCCUAUACUUGACGGCGGUGCUCGCCGACGCGCUCGGCUCGCCUCGAACGGCGCCUCCGCUCGCGCACUUGUUACACUCGCUGCUCCCGCCGGCAUUGGAGCUCCUCGCCAAACCGGACGGACUCAAAGACAACCCGGAUACGGUAGAUGACUUGUAUAGGUUAUGUAUAAGAUAUGUGCAACGAAUCCCGGUACAGUUCGUGCAGUCGGGGUGCGCAGUGGCGGUAGUGAGAUGCGCGGUGACCGCCGUUCGGCUAGAUCAUCGAGACGCCAACUGCUCCCUCAUGAAGUUUCUCUAUGACCUUCUGAGACUCACACACAACGACCCCGGGGAACCUCUCACGGCCCAAGUGAACACUGUAAUUUCAGAGUACGGAGAGGCUUUGACGUACGCGCUCUUGGAGGCUGCAGUGCUCCAUUUGCAUGCCUACAUGCUUAGCGAGGUAGCCGAGGUUAUGGUGGAACUGCUAGCGUGGCAAAGGCGUCACGGCGUGGACUGGCUCGCCUCUGCUCUGCCCAAACUGCCCCGGGAUCGGGCCGCGGCCACUGAACAGCAGUGCUGGCAGUUUCAUCAGUAUGCUGUCAAAGCGGAGAAGUGCAAAGAGGCGACUCGUUUGCUUCGCGAUUUUGCCCGUCUUUAUCGAUAG